AUGGCUGCGCAAGUGGCAUCGGCUCCGACCAGAACGAAUAACAAAAAUAAGAAAUUAUCCAGCGGUUUGGGUCCGGAGCUCAAUUCGGGGAAAUCCGGAGGAGGAGGCGGAGGAGGAGGAGGGAACGCACAGCGGACCGGACCGAUGUUGGGUGCCGGAGAUGGGACUCUGAAUAAUGUAGACCAUCAACGCCGAAACGAGCUCAACAUGGUCCAUUCAACUUCCACGACCCACGGCGCUCCGGACGGCCGCGAUAAGGAUGGGAAUAACCUCACGUCCGCCUCGGCGUCGACUAAUUCAACCACUUCCUCGAUGGAAACGGGUCUGAUCGCGAACCACAAGCUGAAAUGUGUGGGGAGCGGAGAUCCCCCUCAGUCUCAGCCGCCGCAGCAGCAGCAGCAGCCGCCGCCGCAAUUUGGACAAUUUGCGCCACAUCAGCAACGACAGAUCCAAAGUAACAACAUCGCCAACAACAACGGCCAGGGACCCCGUGGGGACAGAGGGAUGGAUCACCAACACCACGGUGGCAAAGAGAACCUGUUGGGGAGCCAGGGGGAGCCACAGCAGCAGCACAUGCCAGGAAAAGGUGAGGGGGAGCUCACCUGUAAACCCGCGGAGAGGAUGAUGGGUACCAGGUAUGAGCACUCUAACUUGGGGCCAACUAGUAACAACUCCGAGUUUAGUAACAACUAUUACACUCCAAGGCCCUGUUAUGAGCAACAUGGCGGACAGCAGCAACAAAGCAGUGGGAUGGGGAUAACGCACUCCUCGGCACAUAACAGUAUGGAUAACUCCCACGAAGCAGGGUACCACAACAGCCAGUACAACCAGUACCCGGCAUACCGGGCGGGCUACGGCGGCGGGGCCUACGGGAUGAUGGGCCCCUCGGGGUGCCGGCAACCUGGGAACAUGAUGAUGAGCAGCAACUCCUCAGCAAACCACGGCAAGUCUACCCUGGGAGCCGCUUCGGGUGGCUUUCAAAGGUUCCCCGGGCAAACUCAGCAGCAGCAGCAGCAUCCCUCAGGGGCCACCCCGACCCUCAACCAGCUGCUGACGUCCCCGAGCCCCAUGAUGAGGGGUUAUGGUGGUGCCUAUCAAGACUACAGCGGACCCUCGGCGCAGCAGCAAGCGGGCAUGGGCCUAGGGAAAGACGUGGGGCCACAGUAUGGAGCCAACUCGGCCCACGGCUGGGGAGGGCAGCAGAGGAACCACCCGCAUUCAAUGAGUCCAGGCAACGGAGGGCAAGGCCUCGGCAGGACUCAGGUGUCCUCCAUGGACUUCAUGGCUAUGAAGCGCUCGCAGCUGUACGGCAUGGCCAAUAACCCCUACUCGGCUCCACAGCAGCCAGGGGCCGGACCUUACCCUCCUAACCAGCCAUACUCUUCGCCUCCUCCGCACCGAUAUCCAAUGAGCAUGCAGGGGAGGGGCCAAAUGGGCAUGGGCGGGAUGCAGUAUCCUCAACAGCAGCAGGUGGCGCCGUAUGGCCAGCAGGGGAUGGGGGGCUACAGCCAGCAGCAGCAGCAGCAGCAGCAGCCGGGGCAGCAGGGAACCCCUCCGUAUUUCAGCCCCCCUCAGCAGACCCCUCCAGGCCCAACCCAGAGCCCCUACCUACAGCCACGACCACCGCCACAACAGGAGGCCCAGCAGGAGAGCUACAGCACCAGGGGUCCAGCCCCAGGGAACUCUGGGAAGACCAACAAUGAGGAUGGCGUCUCCCAGGACCGCCCCUCCAGUCUGCCGGAUCUGUCUGGCUCCAUUGAUGACCUCCCCACAGGGACAGAGUCUGGUCUGGGCUCAACGGUCAGCGCCGGCGGCUCCUCCAGCAGCAGCAGUAGUAGCCAAGGGGAGCAAGGAGGCGCCAGUAACCAGGGACAGUCCCCUUUCUCCCCCCACGCCUCCCCACACCUCCACAGCCAGAGGAGCGGGCCCUCUCCCUCCCCUGUGGGCUCGCCUGCAGGCUCCACUCAGUCCCAGCAGUCCCGAUCAGGCUCUGGGCCCAUCUCUCCUGCCAGUGGACCCUCUGCCAACACCACCGCACCAGGUUCCACCAUGGCCCCGCAGAGCUCUGGUAACGGACCAGAUGGAUCCCACCCGCCAAUCACACGCUCACCUAUGGCUCAGGAGAGAGGGUUCAUGUCCAACAUGCAGAGGAACCAGACGGGCUCCCAGUUUGCCUCUCCUCAAUCUGGACCUCCCAUGUCCCCCCACCCCUCACCUGGGGGCCCACUGUAUUCUGGGAUGGGUUCAUACUCCCAGAGUGGUCCCACAGGCCCUUAUGGACCUCAAGGAUCACAGUAUGGACACCAAGGAAACUACCCUCGGACCUCCAACUACAGUGGGGCUGCCAGCACCAGCUACAGCGGCCCUGGCCCUGGCAUGACCAAUAGUCUGGGGAUGAAUGCUAGCAGCCCCAUGCACGGCCAGGGGCCCGGACAGCCCAUACCCAUAGGACGCAGCCAUGGACCAGCCAACCAGAACAGAGUUUACCCCCCUAUGGGCCCCAGCUCCCCUAGUAUGCCCCAGCCAGCAGGACCAGGAAUGGGCCCUCCUUCUUUGGGUACCUCUAAUCGCAAGGCCCAAGAGGCAGCAGCAGCCACCAUGCCAGGCUCUGCUAACUCAACACACAACAGGCAGGGCAGCUAUCAAGGCCCUGGCAUCAACCAGGCGAGCUCCAUGGCCACCACUGUCCCCUACAGCCAGCAAGCGGGCAACAACGGUCCAGCCAUGGGCAACGCACAAGGUCCAGCCUACAAUACACUGCCUUCAGGAGCCAUAGGAAUAUCAGGAGAUGGGAUGAUGAGCCCAGAUGGGAAACUGAAAACCGAAGCAAAAGAUGACAGCGGCCCCGCCAACGAGCCUCACAAACCAAAGCUACAGGACAGCUACAGCAACAAUAACAGCACCAGUGGCUCCCAGCAGUAUGUGUCCCAGCCAGCCACACCAGGCGGUGCCCUACCCGUGCCCUCCCCCCUCUCUCCCAGCCCGGCCAGCCUGUCCUCCUAUCACGGUGAUGAUAGUGACAGCAUCAGCAGCCCCCCCUGGCCCCUCAAGACCCCUUCCAGUCCUAAAGCCAACCCUAACUCCUCCUCCCUCGGCGGGGAGCGAAUCACGCGGCUCUAUGAGCUGGGUGUGGAGCCAGAGAGGCGGAGCUGGGUGGAGCGCUAUCUGUCCUUCAUGGAGGAGAGGGGUACACCUGUAGCACAGCUGCCCAUAGUGGGCAAGAAGCCACUGGACCUCUGGAAGCUCUACAUGGCUGUUCGAGAGAUAGGAGGCCUGGCUAUGGUAAACAAGAACAAGAAGUGGCGCGAGCUGUCCACCAACCUGAACGUGGGUACGUCAAGCAGCUCCGCCAGCUCGCUCAAGAAGCAGUACAUCCAGUAUCUGUUUGCCUAUGAGUGUAAGAUGGAGAGGGGAGAAGAGCCGCCAGCAGACAGCAGCAGCAGCAGCGGCAGUAUGGCUGGAGGGGACAACAGGAAGCAGGUCAAAAUCCAGCCGCCAUCACCUGCCAAUUCAGGCGGCUCCCUCCAAGGCCCGCAGACACCCCAGUCCUCUGGCAGCAGCUCUACAGCAGAGGCAGCAGGGGAUCUGAAACCUCCAACUCCCACCACCACCCCUCUGGGACAGGUCACACCACUGCCUCCCAACAGGAGCAGUGUGAGUGUACAGGACCCCUUCUCGGAGGUGAGCGACCCGGCCUUCCAGAAGCGUGCUACCUCCCUGCCUCCCUCAGCUCCAUACCAGCAGGGCCUCAGCAUGCCUGACAUGAUGAUGAGGAUGCAGUACGACGCCAAGGACCCCUUCGCCGGGAUGAGGAAGAUGGCAGGAGCUGAUCCCUACAUGCCAGGCCAGAUACCCAGUGGUGGGAUGCAGGACAUGUAUGGUCGGCCCCCGUCAGCCUUGAGUAUGAGCCAACGUUCACAGUACCCAUACGGGCCAGGCUUCGACAGAAGACACGAUGGCUACGGUCAGCAGUAUCCUGGCAUGCCAUAUGGAAUGCAUCCAUCUGGGAUGUUUCCACAGCAACAGGGCUACAAACGGCCCAUGGAUGGUAUAUAUGGCCCCCCACCCAAGAGACACGAGAGUGACAUGUAUGCCAUGCAGUACCCCAACCAGCAGCCGGACAUUUACAACCACUAUGGCGGUGGGUACUCAGGUCCUGAACACAGACCCAUCCAGGGACAGUUCCCCUACCCCUACCCCCGUGAGCGUAUGGCCCCAUCGGGGCAGAGCCAGCACAGUAUGAUGGGUGGGGGACCCACUCCUAACCACGCUGCUGAUGGCCCCAACAUGUGGCCAUCCAGGACAGACCUUGGCUAUCCCUACCCCAACCGACAGGGGCCGCCAUCACAAAUGGCCCCUUAUGGCUCAAUUGGUAGAGAUGACAUGGACGGACGGCCUGGACAGGAUCAGUGGCACCGUCAGUCUCCCUACAUGUCAUCAUCAGGUGGGAUGACUCCCCUGUCAUCACGUCAGCCCCCAUCAUCCUAUUCUAACUCCCCAUCCAUGGCAAACCACCUGCCUAGAGCACCCAGCCCAGGGGCCUUCCAGCGUUCCAUGGACUCCCGGAUGUCACCCAGCAAAAUACCGUUCAUGUCACCCAUGAAGAUGCCUAAACCUGGGAUGGCCAUGAUGGGCUCUCAGGGCCCCGGGCCACUGGGUCAGUUUCCUCCCAACCUGAGAAAGGACCUCAACUACCCGCCAGGAUCAGUGGAAGCUACCAUACCGAUUCUCAAGCCUCGACGCAAGCUUACCUCCAAGGACACUGGAACACCUGAGGCCUGGCGUGUGAUGAUGUCUCUGAAGUCUGGACUUCUGGCAGAGAGCACAUGGGCUCUAGACACCAUCAACAUCCUGCUGUACGAUGACAGCACCGUGGCCUCCUUUAACAUCUCCCAGUUGCCUGGCUUCCUAGAGCUCAUUGUAGAGUACUUCCGUCGUUGUCUCAUUGAGAUGUUUGGCAUCCUGGAAGAGUAUGAAGUUGGGACUGUGGCGCACAAAAGCCUCAGCACGGAGGAGGCUCCACCUGUCACUAAAGAGCCAGUGUCAUCUGAGGUGAAUGGCGAGAGAGAAGAGUCUGAGGUGAACUUAAAGGAUGACAAGAACAAAGAAGACAGAGAAAAAGGGGGAGAUGAAGAGGAGAGUGAAAAGGGAGCGGAGAGUAAAAAGGAAUGUGUUGACCAGCCUGUCACAGCGCUAGAACCCAGACCUAAACAAGCCAGCAAGUAUGAUAAGCUCCCCAUCAAGAUUGUCCAUAAAGAGGACGUAACUGAAGACAUGACAGGCUAUGUCACUGAGUUCACCAGCGGGCUGCUGCACUGGCAGGCUGGUGGAGGUGACUCCACUGCUCACAUUCAGACACACUUUGAACCCCGCAGCGAACCACCUACAAAGGCAGACGAAAAGAUGAGGAAAGAAAACAAACAGGAAAACAAAAUGGAUGAUGUGAAGAAACAACCAAGGAAACAUAUCACUGCUACUAUCGAUGAUGUUCUGUGUGCUAGGGUUGACGCCCUCUCUUACGCCCACCCUGCACGCUCUUUGCCAUCCUAUCCAUUCAGGGUGCAUUCAGACGGGGAGCAGGACCAUAUCACUUUGCUGGAGGACGAGCCUCGAUGCCUGGACGAGGCACCACUCUCCACAACCUCUGCCUGGCAGGACUCUCUGACCAAGCGGUGCCUCUGCGUCUCUAACAUUAUCCGGAGCCUGUCCUUUCUCCCGGGGAAUGACUCGGAUAUGUCACGCCACCCUGCUCUGGUUCUUCUUCUUGGCAGGCUCCUCUUGCUGCACCACCAGCACCCAGAGAGAAACAGGUCGCCCCCUACCUAUCAGAGAGAUGAACAGCAGGAGCAGGGGCUGUCGAGCAGUAAAGAGGAAUGGUGGUGGGAGUGUCUGAGCGUGCUCAGGGAGAAUGCCAUGGUCACUCUGGCCAAUAUCUCGGGCCAGUUAGAUCUCUCCACCUAUCCAGACACUAUCUGUCUCCCCAUCCUGGAUGGGCUGCUCCACUGGAUGGUGUGCCCUUCAGCUGAAGCCCAGGACCCCUUCCCAUCUGCAGCACCCUUCUCCCAGCUCACUCCUCAGAGGCUGGUGCUGGAGUGCCUCUGCAAGCUGAGCAUCCAGGACGGUAACGUUGACCUCCUGCUAGCUACACCGCCUUUCAGUCGACAGGAGAAACUCUUCACUGUCUUGCUCCGCUAUGUGGGUCAGAGGAAGGCCCAGGUGUACAGGGAGAUGGCAGUGGCAGUCCUCUCCCACCUGGCACAAGGAGACUCCACAGCAGCGCGUGCCAUAGCCAUGCAGAAGGGCAGCGUGGGGAAUUUGGUGGGCUUCUUGGAGGACGGUGUUAGCAUGUCGCAGUACCAGCAGAACCCUCACAGCUUGUUGCACAUGGGGCAUCCCCCUAUGGACCCACCAAGUAUAAACAUGAUGUGCAGAGCAGCUAAAGGCCUGUUGGCCAUGGCUAAAGUAGAAGAGAACAAGACAGAGUUUGUGCUGUAUGAAAGCAGAUUAUUAGACAUCUCCAUUUCCUCAGUGCUCAACGUGGGAGUGGUGGCCAUUAUUUGCCAAGUUCUCUUUCACUUAGGGAAAUUAUGACAGGAGGAGAGGCAGGACUCACAUGGCAGACAUUAAGGCGGACAACAUAUUUCUGUGGUUUUUCUAUUUUUAUUUAUCAAAAUGACAGAAAAUGUUUGUUUGUUUUUUUUUAAAAGAAAUAUCCACAUAAACAAAAUAUCUCUAUAUAUGUAUAGCUUCUAGGCACUGUUAAAAAAGUGAGUUUGGGAUUUGAAAGCUCAUUUUAAUACAAAUAUUUAAUACCUGCUGGUGUUGGAUUGCUACGUUUGAUAUUUUGUUUGGCAUUUGUUUUGUUUUUUUGUUUGUUUACUUUUUCAGCCAAAGCUGCCACCAGAUCUCGGUGCUGAAUUAUGUGGUUCCUUUUGAGUCGAUGAGUUGUUGAGAUGUU